AGCACACAAUGUAGAUGUCAUUAGAAAGGGAAAAGGUGUCAUUGUUCCAUGUAAACAAGCGAGUUCUCCAAAUGUCAAUCCAAAUAAAUUCUUACAUUGUGCAAAUUGCCAAGGACUUUUCAAAAAAAGAUUUCUUUGGAAACAUAUGAAAAGGUGCCCACUUCGAGGUGUUCUUCCAAAACCUGGUAGAACUCGAGCCCAAUCCAUUUGCUCCUUUGCGCAACCUGUGCAGGAAGGAGUUAGCAAGGAACUGUGGAAACUUCUCAGUGACAUGAAACAAGGUGAAGUGGUAGAUGUCAUAAAGAGUGACCAUUGUAUCCUCAAGUAUGGCGAGCAGAAAUACAACCUCAUGGGACACAGGCGUUCUGAUCAUGAACUGAUCCGUCAGAAAAUGCAUGAGUUAGGGAGACUGGUUUUGAAAGGAAGGCAGGUGUCCCCUCUCAAAUCACUUGAGGAAUACAUUGAUCCAGCCAACUUCCAACACACAGUUAAUGCAGUUAAAGCUGUUACAGGCUUUCAGUGUGAGACAAAUAAGAUAGCGGUGCCAACGCUAGCCAACAAACUUGGUCAGAGCCUCAUGAAGGUUGCCGACAUUGUAAGUUGAGAUGCAAGGAUGUGCGGUGACACAACAAAAGUACAAAAAGCAGAGGACUUCAAACACAUCUAUCAGACAUGCUGGAGGGAGAUGAUCUCAUGUCAUGCUCACAAUACCCUGGAAGAAAAAAGGUACAGCGCUCCACUGAUCUUGCCAUUUGCAGAUGAUGUCAAGAAAGUCCAUAUAUAUUUAAAGGAGAAACAGCAAGAAUACUACAGCACACUUUUUAAUGCACCGAACACCAAGACCUGGGCAAAACUGGCUAAAGUCACUCUUGCACAAAUGAUAAUCUUCAACAGAAAAAGGCAAGGGGAAGCCUGUCUGAUGCCAGUACAAUCAUUCGAGUCUCGAGACAAAUCUACUUUAAAUAUUGAUAUUGCUGACUCUCUCUCAGAAGUUGAACAAGCACUAUGCAAGUACUUUAGUCGUGUAGAAAUCCGUGGAAAGCGCGGAAGGAAAAUUGCAGUACUUUUGGCACCGGAAAUGAUCAAAUCCAUGGAGUUGCUGGUUAAAACACAUGAAGUUUGCGGUGUUCCAAAGGAGAACAUCUACAUGUUUGCAAUCCCAGGCUGCGAGACAUCAUUUCGUGGAUCAGACUGCCUGCGCUGCUUUGCCAUGGAGUGUGGUGCUAAAUGUCCAAAAGCCCUAUCGUCCACCAAGUUGCGCAAACACAUCUCUACAAUGUCCAGAGUUCUUAACAUGAACGACACCGAAAUGGACCAACUUGCUGAUUUCCUGGGACAUGAUAUUCGUAUCCACAGGAAAUAUUACAGAUUACCAGAGGGAACACUCCAGCUGGCAAAAAUCACCAAAGUCUUGAUGGCAAUGGAGCAGGGAAGGCUUAACGAAUUCAGAGGGAAAGGUCUUGACCAGAUCAGCAUCAAUCCAACAAAGUGCGUUGAGCCUGAUGCUGGGAUGGAGAGUGAAACAGAACAUUCUCAUGAUGUGACGUCAAGUGAGCCAGGCACUUCAGGAGUGAAUAGCAGCAGGCCAGUAAACACGAAUGAAGGAUCUCCAGAGGGGACACGGGAGGUCAUGAAAGUAACAUCAGGUAAGGAACCUGUCCAGUAA